UAUGAAUUCUACUCAAUUCGUUAGAUAAAUAGAAAGUGAAGAUUUAAAUUCUCUCUAAAUAUCUAAAUUAACUCUCAACUCAAGAGUAGAUUAAGAGUCAAUAAUUUAAGCUGACUUAAGUGGAGACAAUAUAUUUUGUUACCUGAACCUUUCAGAUUCCACUUAAAAAAGAGAAUGCUCAUGUGAUGUAGAUAAAGAUCCUUAAUAGGUAAGAACUAAAACUAAAAAAGACAACUUCAUAAUUAAAAACUAAAAUUUCUAAUAAUAAUAAGAAUACGUAUACGAAUGUGGAUAUUGUCUUAAGAUUUUUCCUUAUUUUCGUAGUCUUGGAGGACAUGUUCAAAAAAACCAUAGAAUAGAGAAGAAUUAGAAUGCCACAAUCUCAUCUAUCAGAUUGAGAAUAAGACCUGUUCGGAAUGGUUAACAUUGAAUUUGAAUUCAAAUUCCUCCACAUACCUA